CACAGUAUUCAGAGAAAACAUUAAGAACAUCCCCAGUUCGUCACACCAGCUCACACGCUCCGUCUCUCACACCCACCACACACUCAUGUCUCCCCCAGACGAGAACCAGGCCGUGUGCUGGCAGGAGGUGGGGCCGGACCUGGUCUGCAGCCGCCCGCGCCUCGACCGGCAGGUCACCUACACCGAGUGCUGCUGCCUCUACGGGGAGGCCUGGGGCAUGGACUGCGCCCUGUGCCCUGCCCGAGACUCAGAUGACUUUGAGGCGCUGUGCAAUGUCCUGCGCCCCCCCAGCUACAACCCGGCCCGGCCCGGCCUGGGACUGCCCUACGAAUACGGCCCGGAGUUCGUUCCCGGCUACGGGCUGCCCUAUGGCCCCGAGCUGUUCGCCGGCUCCGCAGCACGGGGCCCCCAGCCCGGCCUGCGCCCCGACUAUGACCCCUAUGCCCUGGGGGGCUACGCCGGGCGCCGCGACUCGCUCUACAGCCCCCCCACCUACGAGGCCAGCGACUUCGAGGACCUGACCUACGUGGACGCCCGCCCGGAGGAGCCGCCCGCCCCCUACCGGCGCCCUGACCCCCCCCGCACCUACCGGCCCCGCAGCCCCCCGGACCCUGAGCCUGGCCCCGCCUGGCACUACCCCCCCCAUCCCGCCAGCCCCUUCCCCGAGCAGCCAGGCCGGGCCAGCGAGACCCACGUCGAGCGGUUCGAGGGGCUGCGGGCCGAAGAGUGCGGGGUCCUGAACGGCUGCGAGAACGGGCGCUGCGUCCGCGUGCCUGACGGCUUCACCUGCCGCUGCGACCCGGGCUUCCGGCUGGACACCGCCCACAUGGCCUGCCUGGGUGAGCCCUGCCCCACGGCCAGCCCCCCUCUACUGCCCCAUGGCCUGCCUGG